ACACCCACGUCAAGUAGCCGGAUAAAAUUUUUGUUGUCAAAUUUUUCUUUGUGCGCAAUAAAUUUUAAUUUAUUACGAAAAAAGUAUUAUUAAUAUAAGUUUAAUUUUAAUCAAGUGAUAAACAAAAUGCUCGAAACACUCUACGCACUCCCAUUUCAUGUUCUUGUUCCACCAAACAUCAAAGUUCGUCGCCCAACAUGGUUCCACAAACCCUCACCCAUGACAAUGUUUUCAAUAAUUUUACUUUCUUAUUUUCUAGUUACUGGAGGAAUCAUUUAUGACGUCAUUGUUGAACCACCAAGUGUUGGCGCAACUGUCGACGAACAUGGUCACUCUCGGCCUGUAGCUUUUAUGCCCUAUCGAGUUAAUGGCCAAUACAUCAUGGAAGGACUGGCUAGCAGCUUCCUCUUUACAAUCGGUGGCAUUGGAUUCAUCAUCAUGGAUCAGACCCACGCCCCUGGCAAAACGAAUCUCAAUCGAAUUCUCAUUACUUCAAUGGGAUUUGUCUUUAUUCUUGUCUCGUUCUUUACAACUUGGUUGUUUAUGAGGAUGAAAUUACCCGGCUACUUGCAGCCAUAAAAACGGAAUGAAAAAAAAGGCAGAUUUUUUAUUACUUUUAUGUAAUUUUGUAAUAUUUUAUUAUUUCUGCUUUUUGAAUUACAUUUAUAAAUCGUACAA